AUGUUUUUACCGCUCGGAUAUAAAAGUAGUAGGUUGUCGUGAAAAAUAAAAUCCAAAAUAAAUAUACUCCGGAACAUCACAUAGAAUAACAUUUGAAAAGGCAGCGACAGACGGCAGCAUGUUUCAUCUCAAGCUGUGCGUUCCGUUCGUGUUCCUAUUGGCAAUUACUAGAGUCCACUGCGAGUCCGCGACAGCUCUUCCCAGUUCUGUAGCCCAAUAUGUGGUUAAAGAUACGCCAAUUAUUGUGCAAACCCCAUUGCAAAACUAUGAUCAGCCGACUCUAAAGGAGUACGAGGAAUGCCAGAGCAACGUCGAGGAAUGCAAAAGGGUGUGUGCUGAGGAUAAUAAAUGUCUGGACAAAUGCCCGAUCUGUCCGGAACUAUACAAUCAUCCGCUGGUAGUGCAGGGUGUCAACGAUACCGGCUACUUAUCCUCGGUGGAUGCUGUGCCCCCUUUGAACACCACCAACAUCAUUCGGGUGACCAAUGAGAUCAACAAUGUCAUACAGAACGACCUCCUUGUCCGCAACACCAACAAUGUACAGGUGCAUCAGAACACCUCCGAUGUGGGCGGACGUUUCGGACUGGGCUACAACGAACACGGCUCCUGCUGUCUGGUGGUCCGACGUACCGCCGAGGGUCACAAACGCCAGCGUGCCUGCGGAGAGCGCUGUAAGGCUCGUGUCAUGCACGCUCGUCUUGUUGUCCAAUGCGAUGCCAAUCAGGAGAACUGCCACGAGUCCUUCGAAUAUGUGCCAGCACGCAAGCGCAGGCAACGUGUCCCACCAACACUGGAAUACUCGUAUGAUGGCCAGCAGGUUGUGCGCUCCAAACGCCGAACUUGCCAGCGCUGUAUGGAACUGUCUUAUAUCUAUGUCGUCGAGCGAGGUCUUCCCCCGCGCUGCCAAUUCUGCUUUCAGAGCUACAGUGUACCCCUGAUGCCCGUGUUUUAUGCGCCACAGCCCCUGCCGAUGCCAUAUGGCUAUGGAGGCUAUGGAGGGCAUGGAGUGGAUACUGGUUACUAUCCAGACUAUUCAAAUUGCGCACCCCAACCUGCACCCGAACAAGGGGGCAAUGGUUGGGUGCUCGAGGCACAGAAAUGCCAAAAUGAAGAAGGCACGCUGAUAGAUUGCUUUCCUCAAUCCGAGGUUGAGGGCGAUAACAACAUCGUAGCUGCUCCUGCUCCUGCUCCUGGUCCAGGUCCAGGUCCCGCACCCGCUCCCGCACCCGCUCCCGAACCCUACCCCAAACCCGAGGAUACAGACGUUGAUGACGAACUAGCCGAGUACGAUUUCGAUAAUGGCUAUGGUGUGCCCGCCCAGCGAAGACGUCGCGACAACCCUCGCCAGUUUAUACGAUCAGCGUACAGCCGACGAAACAAGAACUAGACUUUUCACUCAUUACUUAAUUAUAUAAUUCUGCAAUUUCUGGGAGCCACUCAACAAAUUUUUCUAAAUUUAAUAAUUUAUUUACAUAUACAUAUGUAUGAGCUUUGAGAUUUUCUGUUAAAUAAAUGAGUAACCACGUACAUACACAUGUACGUCUAUGUUUUAGAUUAA